AAUGGCAGCAUACGGUUUAAGCAUGGAUUCCCCCGAAGAAAAAAGCUGCAGCUAAAAAACACUUGCCCACGGUCAUCUAAAGCGUGCGAGUAUUUUAGCCAGAGACUCAACAAUGUGGUGCUGUGUAAGCUAUGCAAAUUGGAAAUGGCUUAUCACAGCAGUACAACCGCCAUGAGCGAACACUUGAAGCGAAAGCAUCCCAGAGCGCUUGUCAAGACGUUGUUCCUGUGGAGGGGACUGCUGAAGGAAAAUCAGCAGGCACAGUCGAUGUAGAAUCCACUACCAAGACCCUGCCUUUUAAAAACCUCAACUUUGUGCACUCAGGUAUUGGAGGAGCAGCAGCAGCAGUGAAGAAGAAUCGGACGUGGAAGAAUCUGAAGCAGAUUCUGGCAGCAGAGAAAGCACUGCCCUGGAAAAUCACUGAUCCCAACUACUGUAGCAUAGAUGCGCCUCCUUCGAUGAAACCUGCUAAAAAGUACUUUGACAUCUUCCAGCAAACUACACUGACCCUCAAACUAAACUGUGCUUUGCAUCGAUAGAGUUUUCUUACAUCUGACAGUUACCUACAGACGUGGUGACAGGAUAUCUGUCUCUCCGCAAAGCCGCCUGCAUUGUACCGUGAGAGAGAAUACAAUUCUCCCACACACACAUGUACAUGCUGACUGGUAUCUAAAGGAAUGGCAUACUCAAUCAGACACCGACCAGAUUCUAAACACUGUGGAUGUUUAUGGCUACCUUUUAUCGUGAAUUUGUUUGGUUACCGCAAUAUAAUAUACUCCAUUCCAGUUCUAGACUUUUAAUGGAUUGUUUUGUGGAAAAAAAUACAAUGGUUUAUGGGUCUAUGGGUUCCUCUGUAGAGCUGGUUUGAGCCUAUGAAGAACUUAAAUGUCUUGGGUCGGACAAAAUUAUAUUAUAUUAGAUAUUGCACUAAUAGGCAAAUACAAUGCACUGUAGCUUCUGAUUCCCUGAUAUGUUUUUUUUUUUUUUUUGUGCUGCCCUCUACCAAGAUUAUAAGGUAUUACAAUGAUAUGUUGAAACAGAGCAAACCACAACACAGAAAUUCUCACAUUCCUCUUUUCAAAAUCACGGGUGCAAACAACCACCAAUUGUAAAUUAGACCAUAAACUCAAUAAAAAGAAGCAGGUCCCUAAGGCACUCUCUGGUGGCUAGAAGGAACAAACCUCCACCCAGUUAGGAACAGCAUACUGUGUUGUCUCUUACCAUUGAUGAAUUAAGUCUUUGAUUUUAUGAUUGUGGUGAUAAUAUGCUGCCUGGAGUUUGGCCACUUCUACAAUGGCUCUUUAUCCAUGCCAAUAAGUUCAGCCAUGGAGGAGCUGAUCAAUAAGCUCUCACCACCAGCUUUUUAAGUGGAAUACUAGAGGACAAUGCAACAAUGAGGUGAUGCUGUUUGGGUUGUUUAUGGCUUACAUUGUAUUCCAGUCUUUCAUCAACAAUCUAAGGUCUUCAGUCAGA